GGCAAUGGUCCAGCGCCGGGCGUGAGCUGCCCCUCUCAGCCAGCCGGAGACUGCAGCUGUCAUUGAUCUGUAGAAGCAGCAGGACCCGAAAUUACAGGCAUUAGCAAUGAUGUGUGAAGUGAUGCCCACGAUUAACGAGGACACCCCAAUGAGCCAAAGGGGGUCCCAAAGCAGUGGCUCAGACUCAGACUCCCAUUUUGAGCAGCUGAUGGUGAAUAUGCUAGAUGAAAGGGAUCGUCUUCUAGACACCCUUCGGGAGACCCAGGAAAGCCUCUCCCUAGCCCAGCAAAGACUUCAGGAUGUCAUCUAUGACAGAGAUUCACUCCAGAGGCAGCUCAAUUCAACCUUACCACAGGAUAUUGAAUCCUUAGCAGGAGGUUUGGCUGGUUCUAAGGGGGCUGAUCCACCGGAAUUUGCUGCAUUGACUAAAGAAUUAAAUGCCUGCAGGGAACAACUUCUAGAAAAGGAAGAAGAAAUAUCUGAACUUAAAGCGGAAAGAAACAACACAAGACUGUUACUGGAACAUUUGGAGUGCCUUGUGUCACGGCAUGAAAGGUCACUAAGAAUGACGGUGGUAAAGCGACAAGCUCAGUCCCCCUCUGGAGUGUCCAGUGAAGUUGAGGUUCUCAAAGCCCUGAAAUCUUUGUUUGAGCACCACAAGGCCUUGGAUGAAAAGGUAAGGGAGCGACUGAGGGUUUCUUUAGAAAGAGUCUCUGCACUGGAAGAAGAACUAGCUGCUGCUAAUCAGGAGAUUGUUGCAUUGCGUGAGCAAAAUGUUCAUAUUCAGAGAAAAAUGGCAUCCAGUGAAGGGUCUACAGAAUCAGAACAUAUUGAAGGUAUUGAACCUGGUCAGAAAGUCCACGAAAAGCGUUUGUCCAAUGGCUCUAUAGACUCAACUGAUGAUACUAGUCAAAUAGUUGAACUACAAGAAUUGCUUGAAAAACAAAACUAUGAAAUGGCACAAAUGAAAGAACGCUUAGCAGCCUUGUCUUCUAGAGUGGGAGAGGUGGAACAGGAAGCAGAGACAGCAAGAAAGGAUCUCAUUAAAACGGAAGAAAUGAAUACUAAAUAUCAAAGAGACAUUAGGGAGGCCAUGGCACAAAAAGAAGAUAUGGAAGAGAGAAUUACAACCCUUGAGAAACGUUACCUCAGUGCUCAGAGGGAAUCUACCUCCAUACACGACAUGAAUGAUAAACUGGAAAACGAGUUAGCAAAUAAAGAGGCCAUCCUCCGGCAGAUGGAAGAGAAGAAUAGGCAGUUACAAGAACGUCUUGAACUGGCUGAGCAAAAGUUACAGCAGACAAUGAGAAAGGCUGAGACGUUGCCUGAAGUAGAGGCUGAACUAGCUCAGAGAAUUGCAGCUCUGACAAAGGCUGAAGAGAGACAUGGAAAUAUUGAAGAACGUAUGAGACAUCUAGAAGGUCAACUUGAAGAGAAAAAUCAAGAGCUUCAAAGAGCUAGGCAAAGAGAGAAAAUGAAUGAAGAGCACAACAAGAGGUUAUCUGAUACCGUAGAUAGACUCCUGACAGAAUCCAAUGAGCGUCUACAGCUCCACUUAAAGGAAAGGAUGGCUGCUCUAGAAGAGAAGAAUGUUUUAAUUCAAGAAUCAGAAACAUUCAGAAAGAAUCUUGAGGAAUCUCUACAUGAUAAGGAAAGAUUGGCAGAAGAAAUUGAAAAGCUGAGAGCUGAACUUGACCAAGUGAAGAUGAGAACUGGCUCUUUAAUUGAACCUGCAAUAUCUAGGACUCACCUGGAUACAUCAGCUGAGUUGAGGUAUUCAGUGGGAUCACUGGUAGACAGCCAGUCUGAUUAUAGAACAACCAAAGUAAUAAGAAGACCAAGAAGAGGCCGCAUGGGUGUGCGAAGAGACGAGCCAAAGGUGAAGUCUCUCGGGGAUCAUGAAUGGAAUAGAACUCAGCAAAUUGGAGUGCUAAGCAGCCAUCAUUUUGAAAGUGACACUGAAAUGUCUGAUAUUGAUGAUGAUGACCGAGAAACAAUAUUUAGCUCAAUGGAUCUUCUCUCUCCCAGUGGUCAUUCCGAUGCACAGACACUCGCCAUGAUGCUUCAGGAACAAUUGGAUGCCAUAAACAAAGAAAUCAGGUUAAUUCAGGAAGAAAAAGAAUCUACAGAAUUGCGUGCUGAAGAAAUUGAGAAUAGAGUGGCUAGUGUGAGCCUGGAAGGCUUGAAUUUGGCUAGAGUCCACCCAGGUACCUCCAUAACUGCCUCAGUUACAGCCUCAUCACUGGCCAGUUCAUCUCCCCCCAGCGGACACUCAACACCAAAGCUCACCCCACGAAGUCCUGCCAGGGAAAUGGAUCGGAUGGGAGUCAUGACAUUGCCAAGUGACUUAAGAAAACAUCGGAGAAAGAUUGCAGUGGUGGAAGAAGAUGGCAGGGAGGAUAAAGCAACAAUUAAAUGUGAAACUUCUCCUCCCCCUACCCCUAGAGCUAUCAGGAUGACUCACACCCUCCCUUCUUCCUACCACAAUGAAGCCCGAAGUAGUUUAUCUGCCACACUUGAGCCAGAUAGCCUUGGACUGGGCAGUGCCAAUAGCAGUCAAGACUCUCUUCAUAAAGCUCCCAAGAAGAAAGGAAUCAAGUCUUCAAUAGGACGUCUGUUUGGUAAAAAAGAGAAAGCUCGACUUGGGCAGCUUCGAGGGUUUAUGGAGACCGAAGCUGCAGCCCAGGAAUCCUUGGGGUUAGGCAAACUUGGAACUCAGGCUGAAAAGGAUAGAAGACUGAAGAAAAAGCAUGAACUUCUAGAAGAAGCUCGGAGAAAGGGAUUACCUUUUGCCCAGUGGGAUGGGCCCACAGUGGUUGCAUGGCUAGAGCUCUGGUUGGGAAUGCCUGCUUGGUAUGUGGCAGCUUGCCGUGCUAAUGUGAAGAGUGGUGCCAUAAUGUCUGCUUUAUCAGACACUGAGAUCCAGAGAGAGAUUGGAAUCAGCAACCCUCUGCAUCGCCUAAAACUCCGAUUAGCAAUCCAGGAGAUGGUCUCCCUGACAAGCCCUUCAGCUCCUCCGACAUCCCGCACAAAAGAAUCUGAGGAAGGAAGCUGGGCCCAGUGUCCGGUUUUUCUACAGACCCUGGCUUAUGGAGAUAUGAACCACGAGUGGAUUGGAAAUGAAUGGCUUCCCAGUCUGGGGCUACCUCAAUACAGGAGUUACUUUAUGGAAUGCCUGGUAGAUGCAAGAAUGUUAGAUCAUCUAACAAAAAAAGACCUUCGUGUCCAUUUAAAAAUGGUGGAUAGCUUUCAUCGGACAAGUUUACAAUAUGGAAUUAUGUGCUUAAAGAGGUUAAACUAUGACAGAAAAGAGCUAGAAAGAAGACGAGAAGCAAGUCAACAUGAAAUAAAAGAUGUGCUGGUGUGGAGCAAUGACCGGGUUAUUCGCUGGAUACAAGCAAUUGGACUUCGAGAUUAUGCAAAUAAUAUUCUUGAGAGCGGCGUGCAUGGUUCGCUUAUAGCCCUGGAUGAGAACUUUGACUACAGCAGCUUAGCUUUAUUACUGCAGAUUCCAACACAGAACACCCAGGCAAGGCAGAUACUUGAAAGGGAAUAUAACAACCUCUUGGCCUUGGGAACUGAACGGCGACUGGAUGAAAGUGAUGACAAGAAUUUCAGGCGUGGGUCUACCUGGAGAAGGCAGUUCCCUCCUCGUGAAGUACAUGGAAUCAGCAUGAUGCCUGGCUCCUCAGAAACCUUACCAGCCGGAUUUAGGUUAACCACAACAUCUGGGCAGUCAAGGAAAAUGGCAACAGAUGUUGCUUCAUCAAGACUGCAGAGGUUAGACAACUCCACUGUUCGUACAUACUCAUGUUGACAAGCCACUCAAAGGAGGCAGCACUGACCUGCUAUGUCAUCUUUUCUGCCUACUCUACCUAAAGUGCGCUAACCAUCAAAGACGACAAACAGCAAAACCUUUGUGAAGACUGAAUUCUAAAGAAAUAAUGAAAAGUAACAGUUCAUUACGCUGAAAAUGUAAUCUUGAGAAGAGUCCGUUAUUGCGUUUGAUUAGUUUGUAAUAAAAUACUUAAGUCAUUUGAAGAAUAAACAUCAUCCACACCAUAAAUUCUGUGCAACAGAUGCUUUUAUGAAAUGGAGCCACUUGUUUUUCUCAUGUUUUAUUGUAAUAUACUAGGCAUUUAUGUAUUACUGUGUAUGUAUUUUUUUUAAAUGUGUAAGUCUUAUGUAAAUGGAUAUAAAUAUGAUUUUUUAAAAAAUAAAAUAUAUGGUUCAUGGAGUCUCGAGUGCAAACAUUUGACAAUUCCAAGUACUGUUUGUAUUUUGCCAUUCCACCUUUUUACUGUUUUUGAAUUGUUACCAGUCAAAUCCAUGUUCACUUGAAGCAGGAAAUAUGCUUUCUCAUGUUCCUCCUUCAAGUCUGUCAAUACUUAAAGCUGAACACCUGCCUCUGAUCAUGUAUAAAAGAAUGAUAUAACCUGGAACUGGAGCCAAAAAAAAAAGGACUUUUAAAGGCAAUCAGGGAUGCCCUUUAUCUUUAGAAAAGCACUGUGAUGGCUCGAUCUCUUUUUCAUUACAAAACAAAGCCAAACUGUUUGUAAAAGUCAAAAGCAAUUGUUUUAAAAAAAAAAAAGUUUAUAAAAGGAAACAUUUAUCUUCUCUUAUCACCUAUGGACCAAGAAAAAACAAAACACUUCUUUACUGAAGAAACACAUGUUCCUUCUAAUAGUAAAAAUCCUUUGACUUUCCAGCCAGCACUGGACAGUGAAUGUCAACCACUGUACAGUCUGAGGCUCAUUCACCACUGGGGAAUAAAUUCCUCAACCUCAGAAACCCUCCCCUUUUGAUAAUGUAACAGGGCAUUAGCCAGACUCAUGUCUAACUCUCAAAGCUUUCAGCCAAGAUGGCCUUCUUUUGACUUCUGGAAGUCCGUUUUAUCAGAGGAACUAAAUGGAAGACAGAAUGAUUAACAUAUAUAGUGUAUAAAAGUAUAGAAGAGUAAUCUCUUCCCUGUGGUUUUAUUUGGUGGUGUUACUGUUGUUUAUUCUUUGUUUAUAUGGGAAAUUUCAAAGUAAAACCUAUUUAAUAAUACCAUUUAUCUAACUGCUGAUUUUUCUGCUGCUUGAUCUUAUUAAGCGCAAAAUCUGUCAUUAGGUUUUUUCCUCCUUUUUUUGUAUUUUAUUUUGCUAUGUUUGCACGUACAUUUGUUUUUACGUCUAUUUUUUUGUUUAACAGAUAGAGUCAAAAGUUUAAAUGGUUACAGAAACCCUCUCAUUGUCAAUAAAACAAAUACUUGCAAUUUUCUGUCUUAAGUUUUGUUUAGUAGUCGUUAGUCGUUGAUGAUCUAAUAAUUUACUUAAAAGACAAUGAAGAGU